AUGGCGAACUGGAGGGAGCGUGGAUAUGUGCCAGACUCUGACGACGAUGAAGAAGAAGACGGCAGGAAUGGAAGUCUCGACAGCGGCCUGGCGCGUGGGACAAUCUCUGAGACUGCCUCGAAUAAUGCGCAGUCUGUGAAGGGAUGCGGCACCCCCCUUGAUGGUGACGACAGCCGAACAAAGCAAAGCGACACCGUUGUUGACAAGCACGACGCUUAUCACGAUCCUGCACCAAAUGGCACUGCCAACUUGCUGCAGGAUGGGCCCCAAGUUUGCCACCCGGAAUUGUCGCAGGCCUCUGAUUCUCCUUUGAAUUCAACUGCGGCGAGGCUUGAGGCUGAAAUCAAAAAGGGUCUGCAGACAGUGCAAGAUGUCCUUGGGUCGGCGGUCCUUGGUUUCGACACUGAUGACGACAGCCCUCUUUCUUCAGUUCCCUCAUCGGUGCAUACUUCGCCCAAAAGAACCCAGUCAAGACCUUCACAGCCAGCUGCUCUUCCCGAGGUGGAGAUCUCUCACAUUGCCGCCGACGAUAUCUUGUUGCUAGACGCUGCUGCUGACGCCUUGCGGCGACGGUCUUUCCGACCUCGUGCUCCCAUCCAGCUCCAUCCCUAUGCAAUUGAGGACGCAAGGUAUAGACAAACUUGGAGGGACAGGGGCUUGAACCCUCUUCGCGUUCCAGACUUGCCUCCACAUCUGGGAGAAAGCUCCAAAGACGAUUCCCAGGGCACCACUGCUUAUCACAGCAGCCAAGUGGAUCAUUCCGACAGUCAAAUUCCACAGUCAAGCCCUGCCCUCGACGAAGGCUAUGAGAAUCCCGUGGUCGUCGGAGAUGAGGAAUCUCAAAGUCCAAUACGUGGAACGCGUCCUCGUGUACCUGCUCCUGUGUCUGAUUCCGAUGAGGACCUUCCAGACCUCUCAGACCUUUUCAAAAAUAGGACUGCAACCCUAUCUAUCUCGAGACUAAAAAGACCCAAGUGUGUGUCAGUGCCGCAGGUACAGACAGGGAUUGACGGGUUUCGGAUCUAUGAACUUCCCGACGAGGGUAUAGCUCCUAGGAAGGCAUCCAAAACUGGUGGCUCAAAGUCUAUAAUCCCACCUUCCCCGCCUCGAUCUGGCGAUGGACUCUCGUCGCAGUUCGGCGAAGCGGACAACACUCCAGAGGUAUCACUUGGAAGUAGCACACCCAUCGUGCUCCCCACUCCACUCGUCUCGUCUGACAAGCAGGUUUCGAAGAGGAAUUUCACCGAAGCCCUUGACCUCUCUGAUUCAGAGACUGAUGUUGUCAGUAUCAGUGACGAUACAUCUGUAACUUCCGGAUCAGAAGAGCGAACCAACGAUGGACUUCAAUUUCGACAAAUACGCCGCAAGAUCAAAGGAGUUCUGCCGGCAUCCUGGCUGAAGCUGGAUAUGAAGCAGCAAUGGAAGGGAACCCGUGCUGCUCGAAACCAAGCCCAAUCUCCUGUCAAGAGGGCCUCGGAGAAAGGCGUAGCGCAACACAUCUCGUCGACAGGGGGGAGAGCGAGACAGAGAACCGUGAGAGAUGGAGUCGCAGACCUGGAAGUUUCGUCAGAGAGUGAUUCCGCUAUGCAAGUCGAUGAUGAUAUGGGGGGAAUUGAGUACCAGGGACCAGAGUCCUUCGAGGAUGAUGUUGUUGAAGACGACGCCAUCGAUGCCAUGCUGGCUCCUCAACAGAGAAGGCCGUACACAGUAAAUGGACAACGUCGACUGCAAGGUGUCCGGUCCAAGAAGAAUACUUUUGAUGCUGACAGGGUACUCUCUCGCCGAGAACCCUCUCUUCGCAGUCCGCGAACUGCUGCUGCUUCCUUGUCAAGCAAUAGGGCGCGGCCGCGCAAGAAGACCAAACGCAAACAUAGAAAGCCGCAGAUGACGAUCUUGGACGCACCUGGUCUGAGGGACGAGGACGUGCCACGGUUCUUGAAAAUUGCAUCGAGACGUGCAAAGCGUCAAAGAUCAGCAAGGAAGCAAGACCCGUCAAAGAAAUUCUUCAGGCUGGCAACAAUGAGAGAUACAGAGGAUGUGAACGAAGCUGUAAGAACAUGGAGACGUGAACAAGGUCAGAUACAUCAUUCUGUCAAACCCAAAGAUAUCAUCAGCCGCACGACCUCCUCAAAGCCCCAGCCGCGCGGGUUCGACGACAUAAUACAUGGGAAUACUGCCGCUCCAACACGCAUUUCGCACGAAGACAUUCACUUUUCGGCCACACACCUCACUUUCUUGAAACGCAGCACCAACGCUACCCUCGACCGCAUUCAAAACCAUCAAAGUCGUUCGUUCCAGGCUGAAUCAAUUGGCCUCCCUACUGAUCGUUCUUCUGUGAUUCUGGAAUAUUUCAAGCCUGGAGCCUCGCGUCGCAAUCAUCUCAACUCGAGGCAGCAAGUUCCAAGUGUUGAGCACAGCACGGAAGAACCAGCCUUCGCAUCAACCAACCCGUUCGCGAUCCAAAAGCGUCUACCAAAGGAAGCACGGCCAAGACAAAAGCGAGUUCGUCAGGACGCCUUGCAGAAAACAUCUACAAGACCUUCGGUCCAAGAGCCUGAUCCAAUGUCUCCAUCUGCAGAGAAGCGAGGCUUCUCUCCUCCCUCGCCGCCUCUGCUCCCAUUGCGUCCUUUGAAGAAGCAACGUCCUGUCUCACGCGGCACGCGUUACGCGAACAAUCCUGAUCAACAUGAUGUCCUAUGCCUUCAAAGUCUGAAAUUAGAAGAUGACCACGACAUUGUCACCUCUGCAAUUCGGUACCCUCCAAGAUCAAGCACCUUUUCCAAGACUCCAAUGCUCUCUAGCUCUACAAGUGUCCGCAUCCAUCUUGUCAAGACCACAAUAUCUUCUAUGGCGGAUACCGCGCAUCGGUUCCAACCAGGGAGGUCUCACAAUGCUAUCAGUACUCCCAUAUCCCAACGUAGUCUCAAUGCUACUGGUUGGUCCGCAGAAGUUGAAGGUAUCAUCCGAGAUACUUUCCAAGAAAUAUUCACUGUCAUGUGUGGCGACACUGCCAUGCCGGACACGACACCAGAGCGACGCACUCAGCUCUUGGGUCAAGCUGCAGAUUCGAUCCAAAUGAUCAUCAGUUACGCGAAUGAGAGUCUCUUCUUCGUAGAUAAUCAAGGGUUGGAAGCCUUCAUCCGAUUGACAACCGAGUCAAUCGACAGUCUUUGGCAGGGCGUCGCUAUUUGCGAGAGCGCCACAUCUGAGACCUGGGCCUCCCAGACUUUGAAACUCUUGAACGGAUUACUCAUUCUGGGAUAUCAAAUCAAUCGAUGCGCCACAGCCGCAGGCUGUCCAGAGAGACUUCGUGCAACGAGCUUGAAGAUCUGGCAGAAUGUUGCCGGCCUCGCUUGGGAACUCACUUUCCGAAAGCAUAACAUUCCUCGACUCUUCGCCAAUACCGCUGCUCUGUUCGGGGCCAGCUUGGUAUCAGAAGGUCAAGCCAUUCCCACGACGGAAAUCGAGACCAUCUACUUGAUACACCAGCUCGGUCCAGACCAAGAAUGGAGUGUUUACUUGGAAACAAUUUUUUCCAGCCAUGGCAAGCCGGGGGUCCUCUUCGAUUCUUCAGCAGAGUCACUCGCUUGUAUGGUCAUCGUACUUGGCUGUCUCCUUUCCACCGGCGCACUGGAUGAGCCCAUGACACAUGUCGACAAUAACGUUGGGAGCGCUCUUGGUAGCUCUCUUCUUCGUCUACUCCCGAUUCAAGUGUCGGAUUUUCUCAAGUCCUUUGUUGAGAAAAAGGCGAGUUACCAUGCGCGGUUUCAAGUCAAGACGAUACAAGUGAGAAAGCUAGAGCAAUUUGGUCUGGUCAUGUUUCAAUGGUGCUUCGCUCUCGCACGAAAUCUCCCGACUGACAUGGCGGACAACUUGCUCAAACAGAUGUUCAAGUAUUACUCCGAAAAGACAAACAACAUGCUUGAACUUUUUACGUCCAAACAUGCAAACCGAACGCCACCAUUUCUCGAUCGCCUGGUGCGCGCCGAGCAACUCAAUCUGGAGGACACUGAUACAGACUUCGACAUUUUCCUGAAGCUCACGGCCAUCACCUUGAUUGCCCAACCUCGACCGGACACUGAGGUUGAAGAACACAUUCGGAAGCUGGCGCUCCGCAAACGCUCUCUCUUGUUCAUCCUGUUACCCAACAAGGGCCAGGACACUUUCAACGACAAUGAAGUGAUUGUCAGUGAAGACUGCCCACUUCCAGACCGUGAUCUGACUUCAGUAUCAAACCGAUACACGCUGUUCACAACACUGUAUCACUAUGCACCCGUCGGCUUCAAACCAGAGAUCUCACAGAUUCGAGACUACGUCGACUUCGCUACUGCUCACGAUGCAGUACGCCAGGUCAUUCUGCGAUGUUGGGAAAACGUUGCAAAGUCAGCCCUCACUCAGCCGGCAGGCCCAGCAGAGCUGCUGGAACUCGGAGGGUGGAUGCUGGCCAUGUUCUUUGCCAUGUGCGACAAGCUUACAAGAAUCCCAAACGUUGAUGAUGAUAUGCACGAGGACGAGAGACGCAUACACCUGGCCAACCGCAACACUACAGUUGACCGCGUCCUCCACAUCGCAGAUCGAUAUGUUGCAGCGAUAGAUAUCUGCACCACCCGUGACCAGGUUUCACACCUCCUUUCUCAUGAAGAAGUGAGCCGUUUGACUGUUUCCUGCUACCACGAUCAAGGCCUAGGUGAUGUUGUGGUCAGCGGAAUCUUCAACCUCGUCACAUCUUAUGUCAUGAAAGGCAUUGGCAAUGUCACAGAUGAGAUCUUUGCAGUCCGACGAGAGAUUCGUGGUGUACUCGUGGACCAGCUCAACCGUACCGAUUCUCCGGAUGAUAUCCUAUUGGCGUCUUUAACCGAAACCUGGUUUGCGAUCGGAAAGCUGAUGGUAGAAGGCGGCCACUCCCAGUGGGACCAUUUUCUGAAUGCAUGGUCUUCGAUGUCUUUUCCACAAAUUGCCGACACUGAAAUUGCAAGACAAUGUCAGGUGUUGCUGCUGAGCAAGAUUGCAACUGAUAGGUCCGUCGUUCUGGCUGAUCCCUAUCCUUUCAUCCAUACUUGGUUGUGGUCAAUCCUGAAGCCGGAAACGAUGAUCAGAUUCGAGCACUGUUUGACGAACCAGCUCAUGGAAAGUAUCCCAGAUACCUUCGGCCUUGAUGAUUUGCGUCAAGAUAUUUCCAACGGUGCCACCAGAUACUUCCUCGACAAGUCUGAUAUCAUCAAGCAUCGCCUUUUAAUCGUCCACCACAUUAUACGCUAUGCGUACAGCGUCCAAAACCUUGCCGAUCCGACUUCACACGGAAAACUAACGAAAUAUCAAUGGGACCACUUGAUGACCAUGAUUUCAAGAGCCAUGAAGCAAACAUGGGAGCAGCUGGACGGACGAGCAAGACCAGAAUGGACCACGUUCAUGCAGAAAGUGAUAUUCCGACUUGGCAUGUAUAAAGGCCCAGGCUUCGAAAUCGACCCGUGGUUCACAGAUUUGAGUCAGAAAGGAUUCGAGGACAAGGCCUUCCAUCUUGAGCGUCUCUUCAUUUGUCUACCGGGCGAGAAACGACCUGAUCGUUAUGAUACCGAGUACAUGAUCAAGGCUUUCCGGACAGCUUGCGAAAUGGCCUGGAUCAACAACAAGGAAAAACCACUCUUACACCAUCUGAUCACGAUCUUCGCCGCCACCGACCCGAGCUACGUCGAGCAUGAUGGCAGCUUCUUACUCGAUAUUACCAAACAACUGGACUUUAUGAAGGCAGUCUUCCCGGCAUACAUUGAGCGAUCACUCAACGACACCCUACCGACAAUGCUAUUCGCUGUCCCAAUCCUAGACGUCGCCAUACAGAUCUUGCUGAAACUGGAAAUGCGCGUUGACCUUCAAGAUCAAUCACAUAUGGAAUCGUUCGCAGAGCUCCUUGUGACCUUGAUGGGAGCAGCAGUGGCAGCAAUGCAACAUCAAGGCUGUGAGGCUCUGUAUGAUCUUGGCUGGGAGAUCGACACAGUCUGUCGUCUCGGCGGUAUCUGCUGGCUUGGUUGUAGCCGCUGGGCUCAUCUUCACCGACUCUUUCCCUUUUCUGACACCAUCCUCGCCUUGCAGCCAUACGUGCAAACGUAUGCAUAUUACGCCUACGAGUGGAUCUGCUCUGCGGCUGGCCUGGAGGACGGUGCUCGGCCUACGGACCCAGCACUCUGGGCGAGAUAUCGAAAGAGUGCCGAUCGGGCGAAGGAGGACUUUGGCUUCGAGCUGCCAGAACUGGCGCUCCCAGAGCAUAUCAAUGCUCUGAAGGAGUUUGCCGCCAACGACCUCGAGUGGUCGGGCCGAAACGAGUGGCAUCGAGGCCAAUUUUCGACCUGGGGGCCUGUCUGGGGGCCCGUCUGGGUGCUUGCCCGCCCUGGGUCGGAGCCAGAGACAAGAGGACCGCGAGAAGCGGUCCAAGACGGCUCCAUGGUGAACGAGGUCCGGGCGGUGUUGGUGGGGAUGGAGCAGGGGUUGACCUUGUUGGGUCUCAUGGAAGAGUGGUUGUGA